UAAAAAAUACACAACAGUACAUAUUUGAAGAUGUUUGGAGACAGUCUUAGUAGAACUGUUUUAAGAAAGUGUUUACUGAAAUCUUGCAGUGGCUCUCAGCGUGUCUAGUUUUCUUCCACAUCAUUGGCUGUUGGUGUCGAUGUGGAUUAUGCUGGUCAACCCACGGUCAUGCUGAAGAAUGGACGCUACUGCAUAUAAAUCAGGUGACUGCACAAGUGGGGGGUUCUUCUCCAGCGCAUCAGGACGGCACAAAGCCCAGCAGCCCUCAGUCGCACACAGACUCGAUUCGAAACAAGGACUUCAAUUGUCUUCUCGCGUCCAGAAACUGUCCUUUUUUAGGGCAAUAUUCUAGACUUGUGACUUGUGCGUUGCAGUUUUUGAACACUUUUUUGUUUUUCCUAAAAUUGAAGUCAGAAUGCUGGAUCCAUUGGCUGAGUUGAGAAGAUCUGGAGGCUUCAGGCAGUGUGGUGGCCGGAUGUCCUGGCAGGUGCGCUUGAUCUUGUACAGCGUGUGCGUACUGACGGUAAUAAACUGUGCCGGCCUGGUUCUGCUCCUGGUUCAGCAGAGAGAGCUGUGGGCUCAUCUGACUGAGGUGGAGAGACAGAUGGUGGAGAUCUCUCAGAGCUCCGUGGUGGAGUUCAUGACGCAGGUGAACGAAGAUGAGGCAGAGUAUCAAUACUCCAGAAACAAACGCAGCCGCCAGCAUCGAGGGACACGACCCUUCGAGGAGCACGAGGGGAGUGUGGGAGAGGAAGUCUUGGGAGAUUUCCAAUAUCAGUAUCAGCAGACGCAUGGGCCGGUUUACCAGCACAAAACAGAAGAGCAGGAAGGAAUGAUGAUGAUGAUGACAUACUCCAUGGUGCCAGUUAAAAUUCUUCUGGACAUUUGCAACAGUACUAAAGGUGUCUGUCUGACCGGGCCACCAGGGCCACCUGGAAUUCCAGGCUUGCCGGGUGUGGACGGAAUGCCGGGGUAUAACGGAACAGAUGGAAUUCCAGGGUUGCCAGGGGAGCCUGGAGCACAUGGAAAACGAGGGAAAAGAGGUCCUCAGGGUGAGAAGGGUGAGCCUGGUGAGAGAGGAGAACAAGGAUUCCCUGGACCCCAAGGACCCCCAGGAGAACAGGGUGAACCUUCAAAUGAUGUCAUUGUGGAGGGUCCACCUGGUCCAAUGGGACCCCCUGGCCUCCCUGGUCCACCUGGCCCUCCAGGGCCCCCCGGGCCUCAAGGGCCACUAAGACACAGGAGCCAAAGGGCACAUCUCCACAUGGGGAAAGAGUCUGUAGGUCACCUUAAUUCAGUUCCAAAUGAUGACACCAUCAGCCAGAAAAUAUUAUCAUGGAAGAGAAACGACUGUGUCAUAAAGUCAGUGCAGAACCCCAGACAUUUGAUGAAAAUGAGCAGCACGUUUGGAGCAUGGAUGAUGGACACUGCUGCUCACGACAAUGAGAAGAUCUGGGUGGCAGAACAUUUCUCGGGUCGCAUCAUAAAGGAGUACAACAGUAUCGCAGCGUUCCAGAACGGCAGCAGUGAAUCCAUUGAUGUCCGAAAAUUUUUCCAAGGUUGCGGCCAUGUUGUACAUAAUGGCUCAGUAUUCUACCACAUCGCUGGAACUUCUAAUAUUGCUAAGUUUGACCUCCAGACGAAGAUCUUACACACGCUGACAAUUGAAAACGCUUUCUAUCACAAUAAGUCCUACUUUCUUGAAAACUCAAAGACAUAUUUCAAACUGGCAACAGAUGAGAAUGGUAUGUGGAUCAUAUUUGCCGCCAACAUUGACGACAACAUAAUGGUGGCGCGACUGGAUGAGAAAACAUUCUCCGUCACCACAUACAUCAACGCCACCUAUCCCAGGACCAAGGCCGGUAAUGCCUUUAUCGCCUGCGGGAUUCUCUACAUCACGGAUACUAAAGACACAAAGGUGACAUAUGCUUUCGACCUCCUGAAAGAGAAGCCGGUUAGUGUCAGUCUAGAUCUGAGGGCACCUGGAGGGGUUCUGUCCAUGAUCUCAUACAAUCCCAGAGACAAACAUCUCUACAUAUGGGACAGCAGCUACGUCAAAUCAUACCAAGUCCAGUUCCUCUCAGAUGAAUAAUCAAAAAUGCAUGACAUACAGUAAUUGACACAUUUAUAAGCAAAUAACCAAUGUUUAUGUUGUUACCCAUGUGUACCCAUAUAUUUUUAUUUCAUUUUCUUGAGUGGAUGAUAUAUCAAGCGCUAAAUUGUCUAUCUAGUGAUGUUCGCACUAAGUAUUUGGACACUUUAGCUACCCUUAAACAAGUUUGAGUAGAGCACAGGAUUUCAGUUUAUCAUUUAAAGCUUAACAAACAUCUUUGUAAAACCGAUUUAGCGCUUACUUUCUUGAAAAUAAAUGCACUUGGUUUUAUUUUUUUCCUCUAAUGUAAUGACAUAAAGACAUUUGAAAAUCUGAACUGAGUGUCUAAAAGCAAUUUGGGGCUACCAUAUUUAUUAUUAUUUUUUCUGCAUUUUUACUUUUAUACGUUGCAUUUUAGUUUUUUGGCUAACAUGCAUUUUAAGUGAAUAUUUAUUAAUUCAUGUAGCAUGAGCGGAGCUAGUUUUUGCGCAAAUUGUUCAUAAAACCAUGGUUCUUGUUUACAUAGAAAUUGUUUUACUAUUCUCCUCGUUUCAUGAAUGAGGCCAAAAGUGUGUAAAUAAUAAGUGGAAAAUGUAUGCGCAUUACAUGAAUUUAGUAAUUUUGUAUACAUAACCAUUGUUGUCAUUGCCAUUUAAUUUCACAUCAUCACUUCAGUAAGACGUCACUCAUAAACCCUACAUGACAAGAUUAAGUAUGUGCAUUAAGUAAAAUUUAGAUUUUAAUGUUGACUUCAUGUUUAUGGAAAUGUAUUGGACUGCUAGUAUGUAUAAGACACAAAUUAUAUUUGCCAAAUAUUGUUUCAUUUAUAUUGCUUGCAUGUUUGUAUAGCCACAAAUGCUUGUAAAUCCUGGAAUAAACCCUAAAACAUGUUAUUCUAAAGACACACGGAGCUGAAACAGCAAAAAAUGAAAUGACUUAAUUCAAAUAAGAAGAAUUUAUUCAACUUACAAAGGUAAAACUUUGACCAUGACAGAACUGCAGUACCUGUACCUUCUGAAAAACCACCCAGUAUUUUUGGGAUUUGCAUUUUCACACACGCAGACAGAUCAGGCUGUUCAAUAAAUACACAUCAGACCAUCGGUUCAACAUUUAAAAUACAUACAGGUGACAUGGUGCCCAGCAAAUCAGACAGAAAAACACAAAUAUAAUUUUGAUAAAUACCACAUACAUCAAACCAAAUAUACGACUAUUUCCAGCAGUUAUGAUAAAAUCAAAAAAAUAAACUAAAAGCAUUAUUGUGUUUUGUACAAGCUAUUGUCAUAAUUCAUUUUUUUAUAUUUAUAAUAUAUAUAUAUUUUUUUUAUUUAUUUAAAACUAUUUCCACUUUUUACUACUCGGCCACACACAGCCAGACAUUCAUUAGUAAAUAACAGUUUCCUCUAAUAGAGCUUUUAUCACUUGUAACGUAAGAGUGUUAUUGUUUCCCCAGAUCUGAGUGCAAAUAUUUAGAACAGAUAAAACAUGAAAAAAAUAAAUAAGUAAAUAAAUAAAACACAAACCUAUUCAGUGUUGCACUUUGUCCCAGACAUCUAAAACAUACCUUACAUUUCUAAAGUUAAAUAGAAAUACAAGAUUUUGUAAAAGAACAAACAAAACAA